GGACAUCACGUGACCGCCAGUUCAAUAUGGCUGACGAUAGUGGAGGAUUAGUGAUUCACCUCACUUUCAUUUCUUUAUCCCUUUAUUCUGUUCUACAAAGAUGUUCGGUGACAUUUCUGUAACAAGACUUAACUUCAGGUGUAGAAGAUGUCGGGGGCGAGUAGAAAAGCAGGGAGAAGGGUGACUUCUCUGAAAAGUGCCAGUCGAGAUAUUGGAGAUGUGACCUUGAAUGAUUUUGCAAACUGUUCCAUCUCUGGAAAGGGACGUUUGAAGAAAGGUGCUACUAAUAGUGUUGUUCGAGAAGUGAAACAGUUAAGUGGAGAAGGUGAUUCAAGAGCCUGGUAUGAGAAAUUAGAAGACUUCGAGGGAGAUUUUGAGUUUGUGGAAGAAGAUGGAGAAGAUGGAACAAAAGAGUAUGUUAUUAAGAAGCCUUCCAGGCGACGCAAAAAGACAAUUUCAGAAGAUAAUUCAUGUGAUCAAGGUGGAGGAAAUGAAUAUCCUCUUGAUAUAUGGUUUCUCAUUUCUGAAUACAUUCAACCAGAGGACAUAUCAACAUUUGCUUGCCUCUGUAAGAAUGCUUACCAUGUUGUAGGAACUGCAAAGUUUUGGUUUCACCUUUACAAAAGGUAUUACAAAACUGUUCCCAACUUACCAGAGUGUUUAGAACCAGAGAGCAUGGUUCGUUUGUAUGGACUGCGAACUUGUGUCAUACGAGCCCUUCACUACAUGUACCCCCCAUUUAUAAACAGGCAGAAGGUUGUGAAAGAUGUGACUCCUCACAGUUUAACCAAACGACUGUGUGUUUUAAUGUGGCAUCAGAAAUUUAAAAAUCAAUGGAUAUAUUUCUUCAAACUGAAACAUGCCACUAUCAGAUUAGGCCGAGGCAGUGGUAAUAAGCCUCGUCAACCUGACUUGAUAGAAAUGCUAGAAGAUGUAUCUGCCAACCAAGAAGAAGGUUGUAAAGUAUUACAGGUUACAUGUAUGAAUUAUAUUUCUCAUCCUGUUGUUCUGGGUCUGACAUUGUGUCAUGUGGCAGUGUCAUUGUCUCAAGGAUUAUGCUCCUAUCGCUUAAGACUUGAAUUUGGUUCGGGUCCCUUAUGCUACCCAGACAGCAAUGGUGUAGUGAUAUUUGAUCCAGUGGUUAAUAUCAAAAUUUUGGAUUGGUGGCAUCCUUUAUACCCUCACACAAAUAGUUUGGGUAUACAUUUACAUCAACAUCAUUUGCAAGAGGAUGCAGAUUAGGUGCUUAUUUCUUGUUGUGUGUGACAGUGUAACUUCCUUUGCUUGCUACUUUCUUGCAAUUAACGAACAUUUAUAAGACUGGUCUCUAAUAGCUUUCAUUGUGUACUGCAAUAAAUAAAAAUGCCUCUUGAGAUGUGCAGCAAAAAAACACCCCAACUGAUUUUUGUAUGCUCCUAAAACUUGUAUGAUUGUGUGUUUUACAGACUUAAACUGUUUCUUAGUACUGGCAGUUGACAAAUGCUUUCAUGGAAUGUUUUGUUGCUGGACUAACUUUUUGGAGCAAAUGUAGACAGUUGUCACUUACGCACAACAAUGUUUAUAUAAAUAUGUAAUUAUGUUGAUAAAUCUCUUGGUGAAUGACAUUGUGCUCUUUCUCCGGAUCAAGUGCUAUUGUUUGUGUUUUUAAGAAGUGUGAUGCUUUAAUUGCUGUACAGAAAAGUGUUCUUAUAUAAGUGAUAUGGUAGUCUUCAAGUGUUUACACUUCAUGGAAGUAUGAAUUAUAUUUUUAUGGGGAAAAAAUGUUGAUUUUUUGAGUUUGCAUGAUGCUAAUAUGGCAUGUGAAAUAAUGCAUACUGCACAGACUAUUUUAAAUAGUAAAGAAUGUACCAUGGUUCCUUGAAUUAAAAAAUCCUAAUCAAAAUAUUUCAGAAGUGAAUGUUUCUGUUUAGUGUGUUUUUAUGUCCUGUGUGGCAUAGCAUAUUGUUAAGUGCCAAGAAAAAUUGUCACUAACAUUUUACAAUAACAUCUAUUGUAACAAGUUUCACCAUUCGAUAAUACAGGAGAUAUUCUGUUAAACUAC